UUUUUCUUCUUCUUCUUCUUCAUUUAAACGACUCAGUGUGACUCAGUCGCCGUCGUCUCCCGCCGUUUAUACCCUCUCCGAAGCCCCGAGCGGCCAAGACGCUACGUUUGAUUUCGUCUCAAGAUUCACUCUGAAUGGGGAUUGAAUUUGGUGAACUCCAAUGAGGUGUUUGCAAAACUCCGCAAAGACUCUACCUUUAGCGUUUAAAUCGGCAUUGCUGCCUUUGUCUCAAAGGUGGUUCUGUAAAUUUUCUCCUAAGCCAUCCUCAUUGACAAACAUUUUCAAGGUUUCAAUUUCAACCAUGGCAAACACUCUCAAUGGAAAUGUGAUCAUGACUUCAAAGCCUCAGAGUACUUACCAAGUUGUGGUAGCUGCAACCAAGGAAAUGGGUAUUGGUAAAGACGGAAAACUUCCAUGGAAUUUGCCUACCGAUCUCAAGUUCUUCAAGGAUUUAACUUUGUCCACUUCGGAUUCUGCUAAGAAGAACGCUGUUGUUAUGGGUAGGAAAACGUGGGAGUCUAUUCCCAAAAAGUAUAGGCCACUCUCUGGUCGCCUGAAUGUUGUCUUGUCUCGUUCUAGCGGUUUCGAUAUAGCCAACACUGAAAAUGUUGUAACUUGCAGUAGCAUAGAUUCUGCUCUAGACUUAUUAGCUGCACCUCCGUUUAGUCUGUCCAUUGAGAAAGUGUUUGUAAUAGGAGGUGGCGACAUAUUGAGGGAAGCUUUGAAUAAACCGAGCUGUGAAGCCAUCCACAUAACUGAGAUUGAUACAAGUAUCGACUGUGAUACAUUUAUUCCCACGGUUGACACUUCUGCAUAUCAGCCUUGGUGUUCGUCGUUUCCAAUAUGUGAAAAUGGUCUUCGAUUUUCCUUCACGACUCAUGUUCGUGUAAAGAGUUCUUCUGCCGGUGAAGCCUCUGAUGAGAGUGAUGGGUCAAAGGUUCUUCAAGUUGAUUGGAAGAAGUUUUCUUCUGUUCUUCCUAAAAUGAUUUUUGACCGGCAUGAGGAAUAUCUCUACUUAAAUCUGGUCAAAGAGAUAAUCUCAAAUGGAAACUUAAAAGACGAUAGGACAGGGACUGGUACAUUAUCUAAAUUUGGUUGUCAGAUGAAAUUCAAUUUACGCAGGAAUUUUCCACUUCUGACGACAAAGAGAGUUUUCUGGAGAGGUGUUGUUGAGGAACUUCUAUGGUUCAUAAGCGGUUCAACCAAUGCAAAGGUACUUCAAGAAAAGGGUAUCCGUAUAUGGGAUGGGAAUGCGUCGAGAGCAUAUCUUGAUGGUAUUGGACUGACUGAGAGAGAGGAAGGUGACCUUGGACCCGUUUAUGGAUUUCAGUGGAGACACUUUGGUGCUAAGUCAGUAGCUUCUCUCUUAUCUCUUGACACUUUCUGAGUUUUGGCAAAACAGAUUUCUGUGUCGAGACAUUUUGUUCAUCUCUCUCUACAGGUACACAGAUAUGCAUGCUGAUUAUACUGGCCAAGGAUUUGAUCAGCUCUUAGAUGUAAUUAACAAGAUCAAGAACAAUCCUGAUGAUCGACGGAUUAUAAUGUCAGCUUGGAAUCCUUCUGAUCUUAAGCUGAUGGCACUUCCUCCAUGCCACAUGUUUGCACAGUUUUAUGUUGCAAAUGGAGAACUUUCAUGUCAAAUGUAUCAGCGUUCAGCCGAUAUGGGUCUCGGCGUACCGUUUAACAUUGCCUCAUACUCCCUUCUUACAUGCAUUCUUGCUCACGUCUGCGAUCUUGUUCCUGGUGAUUUUAUCCAUGUGAUUGGAGAUGCUCAUGUUUACAAAAACCAUGUCAGGCCUCUGCAAGAGCAACUUGAGAACCCACCAAAACCUUUUCCUGUUUUGAAGAUAAAUCCAGAGAAGAAAGAUAUAGAUUCUUUUGUUGCGGAUGACUUUGAGCUCAUUGGCUAUGAUCCUCACAAGAAAAUAGAUAUGAAAAUGGCUGUUUAGCCCCUAAUCAAUUUCUUUUGUUAUUCAGUCAGAACUUCAUAGUUAAUUGAAUGUGGAUGAUUCUAGUUUUCCUUUUACCAAGUGGAGAAUCAAAUCGUUUGGAAUAAGAAAAUUUUAUCAUGAACAAAGUUAAGUUUGGAAUUCAAGUGAAGAAAAAAAAUAUCUCAUGAACAACUGAAUAUUUUUUCAUAGGAUA